AUGCCAGUUACAACACGUGCUGCUGCUUUGAAAUCUGGAACUAAGAAGGAUAAUAUGGCUUCAGCUAGAGUUUCCAUUAAGAAAAAAGGACGAUCACGGUCACGGAAACAACAACAAACAAAAACGCAGGAAGAUCCACUGCCGACGACUCUUGUUGCGUCUGAAGUACGUCCUGUCGUGGAGCAACAAUCAACAGAUCAAAUGGUUCUUCAUCUUGACGACGACAACAGCAAGAAGAAUGAUGAGAUGGAUAUAUCGAUCGAAAGUCUAUUUUCCGAUCAAGAAACCAUGUCGUCAACAACAAAUGAAGAAAAGGAUCCUCAAACAAAUUCAACAACAUCAUCAGUGCCAAUUGGAACGACAACAUCGGAAACUGGAGCAACCGCUGUACCAAUUGUAUCAAGGGUGUCACUGGAUAGCGAUGAUGAUGAUGCCACCAGUAAACCGGUUGUUGGUGGCGAAAUUACAUAUGGUACAUCGACGCGAGGUGGUGAAAUGAUCUAUAUGAAUAUACAUGUUACAGAACUACGAAUGGUUUCGCAUACCGCAUUAAAAACCUGUGGAUGGUUUUUGCUACCAAUUGCCGAACCUUCUCGACGCUACGGAACUUAA